UUUUUUGUCUGACUCUGCUCACUCACCGACAUGGAUGUUCCUCUCAGAGUUCUUCUCAUCAUCACCGGACUCACAGGAAUUCACAGCAUAACUACAGUCAGUAAAGUGUCAGUAAAGGCUGGAAAAUCAAUCUCUAUCCCAUGUCUCUAUGACUCAAAAUAUAGAAACCAUGUGAAAUACUUGUGUGAAGGAUAUUCGUGGUUCUCCUGCGAGUAUGUGAUUAAAACAAACCAACAAAAUUCAGGAAGGAUUUCAAUCUCUGAUGACAAAAUCCCAAAUAUCUUCACUGUGACUGUAAAUAAUCUGAGGAAUGAAGAUACUGGUGGUUACUGGUGUGCUGUGGAGAUUAAUAAUGGGCCUGAUAUCCACAAGUAUUUUCAUCUGUCAGUCAGCGGUACACCAAAUCUCUAUGUGGAUCAUCAGGAGAUUACAGGAUCUAAAGGAAAAGAUAUGACCAUCAAUUGCUACUGUAUUAACCCUGGUAAGAAGAGCUGGUGCAGGCUGGGCAGCUCCUGUGUGACGACUGCAUCCUCUGGAUUAAUAGAUGGAACAGGAGUUUCCAUCAAUGCAAAGGAUCACAAUGUUUUCACUGUGACUAUGAGUGGACUGAGGACAGAGAGCAGCGGCUGGUACCAAUGUGUUAAAGGAGACUUACAGAUGCCUGUGCAUGUAACUGUUACUGAGUUACGCUCAACUACUUCAACUACAAUCAGCCCCAAUACAGCAACCACUCUUGCAACAACAAGCACCACCUUAUCACCCACUACUGAGUCUCUGAAUCUCACCUCUGUUCUUGGAGACCGCACACCUACCACAGUUCAGGAUGAACAGCAAAGUGGUUCUGCUAAACUAAAGACAUUCAUCAUCCCUUUGAGUGUGUUGGUCUUCACUGUAAUGUUGAGCUUGUUCAUCUGGUUCAUGUUGAAAAGACACAAGCAGACCAAAUCAGCAUCAUCAGCCAUGACAGAGGCUGAAGAGGAAGUAACGUACAGUAAAGUUGAGCACAUAAGGAAUACUUCAAACCAGAGGACAAAGGCUGAGAGAGAUGAGGACGUGACGUAUAGCUCUGUGGUUAACAAGAGACAACAAAGUGGCCAAAGGGUUGAAGUAAAUGACGACAAUGUUACGUACAGUAAUGUUGAGCACAUAAGGAAUACUUCAAGCCAGAGGACAAAGGCUGAGAGAGAUGAGGACGUGACGUAUAGCUCUGUAGUUUACAAGAGACAACAAAAUGGCCAAAGGGUUGAAGCAAAUGAAGACAAUGUUACGUACAGCACAUUGGCUUAGCAUCAGUGCAGCUUAGCACACGUUACCACGGUUUGUUCCACCUUUGUCCUACUUUAUCCUGUUCUGCAUACAUUUCAAAGAAGCAUAUCCUGUUUGUUUGCUAUGUUUUCCACAACACCAUUGACAACCCGAGUCUUGGGUCUAACUGUUGUAUUAUUUAGUAGCCCUAAAGGUCACAUAAGUAUGUUAUCUUGACACAUUGUGCAGGGUUUCCAUGUGUCCAAACAUUUUAAAUUCAUCUUGUCAAAUGUGUUGUAUCUAUCCAUGUGUCAAAUGUCAAUGUGUUUUACUUACUGUACUGUAUCUCAUAUAAACAAAGUUACUUCUUAAAUAUGACAUUUUUCUUAUCAUUAUAUUUUCUGUCCAACUUUCAAUGUCUCACACAUCUCCUCCCAUCACAAAUCCAAAAUCUUAAUAUCAUAAAUGUUGCAGCAAGUGGUUAAUGUUGUGAAACUGUGGCAGUUAGGUAAAUGCAACAAGACGACUUGAUUAGGAUUUGAAAAACAUUAUGGUCUGGCUUAAAAUACGUCUCUUGCUCUGAUUGUUUAAUUAUGA